GAAUCACAAUCUAUGGUGACCAUACAUUGGGAUUCAUUUGGGAGUAAAUCCGUGCCACGUUAUUUAUCUGCCGUAAAUAACCGAUUUCAUUCAUUUUCGAUCGUUUUCGCCUUCAUUUGGGACUGUCGAACGCUUUGUGUCCUUGAAGAAAUGAAACCGACUGCAGUGCUGCACGCAAUGAAUCGUUUCUUGCCUCGAUUUUUCUCCUGUCUCGAAUGUGCCUAUCACUUUGCAUUGAAUUCGGCCCCGACAAAGAUUCCCACAAAUCGUGCUUGGCCAAAGACAAGCGAUUUUGUGGACUACAAACCAUUGGAUACGCUCCCUCCGGUCCCAAUCACCUGUGAUGAUCAAAUUCUGUGGCUGAACGCCGCGCACAAUGGAGUCAACAAACGAUUAGAACGUCAGCCAACCGAGGAUCCACAAGCACCGAAAGUUGAGUAUCCGCCACGAUCGAUCUGUGAAUCGUGUUGGUCCAAAACGAGCGAUCAGUGGGAGCUGGGCAAAACACCGGAAACCAAAGCCGCGUUGGUGGAGUUCCUGAAACGUCAUUAUACCUCGGGCAAUUGGGUGUUGAAUGAUAUUAGUCCAGAUUUCAUCACGCCUGCAGAGUAAACUGUUCUUUCGCGUUUCGCCGGUUUCUGAUCUUCGAUUGUGAAUAA